GCUAUCGGACGGGGCCAUAUUGUUGAUGUGUCACCUCAGAGUGACUUAAGAGAUCACAAAUACAAAGUUGACACUCACUGUAUCAUACGGUAGCUAGUAAAUCGCAUUUUAAAUGGAUUUAACAUAACGGGCCAGUACUGAACUGAAGGAGAGCAUGGAGCCAUCAGACUGUCAAAGAGAAGAGAACCCUGCCUCCGACCCCACCCAAAGUUCAGAGGUCACCGAGGUUCCAAAAGGUUCCUCUGAUGUCAUCAGCAAAGGAGGUGAACCCGUUUUAAAAGAACACGAAGAGGAUGCUGAGCUGGACAGUCUUGAGCUGGACGCUGCUCUGUCUUCAGAUAGUGUCGACAAAGAACAUCAGAGACCUGACAUGCACUUGAACAUCCAGCAAACUGCAGGUGGAGAUGAUGCACAUGGAGAUGGGAACACUAGCUGUGACAGUGGAACAGCCUCUAUUGAUGAUUCCAGGACACCGCCAGCUCUCCACGACAGUGCUGCAGGGUCGUCGCAACGUUCUGGACCAGAGGAGCCAGCAGCAGAUACAGUAACGGAGGACGUGACCCAUAAUGAGGUCAGCGAAUCCUCUCCCUCUGUUCUGAAUGACACAAAUGAUUUUUCACCCACCUGUUUGGUUACAGUAGUAGCAGAUUCUUCAGUUCAGAGUCAUUCUUCCAAUGGGCCAACAGAAUCUCAAGACACAAAUCACAGAACUCAUUUGACUCCCACACAGGAUCCCCCAGCUCUGCAGGAGGAGAAACCUCCCGUUAUUGCCAAUGUGGUCUCCAAAAAUUCAUUACCUCAAAACUCGGAUAUAAACCCAUACGACACGGACUGCAGUCGGAAACUAAUGUCUGAGAUCCAGAGAUCUCUGUCGCAGGAGUCUUUGCUGGAUGAGUUGGAGGAUGAACUGUUAAGUCCACCCAACGGCCUGCCUAAGGACCAGAACUCCAAGGGUUUAUUCGAGAAGUGUGUGCAAUACAAAUACUCCCAACAGGAGAAAGCCAUCAAGAGGUUGCUGGAUGAAAAGAAGAAACAUCAGGAGCUGAUUCUGGGCAUCUGCUCUGAGAAAGACAACAUGAGGGAGGAGCUCAAGAAGAAGAUGGAGACAGAGAAACAACAAAUCGGCACAAUAAAAAAGUUUGAAAGCCGUGUGGAGGAACUCGCGAAGGAACUGAUAGAUGCCAAGGACAAACUGGUUCACCAGGAUCAGGCUGCUAAAAAUGCAAUCCAGCAGAUGCAGAGGGACAUGGCCUGUCGACUUGAACAGGUCAAUAAGAAAUGCGAGGAGGCACGGCAGGAGAAGGAGACGAUGGUGAUGAAGUAUGUUCGCGGAGAGAAGGAGGCGCUGGACCUGCGCAGGGAGAAGGAACAGCUGGAGAAGAAGCUUCGCGAGGCCACAGCCGAAGUAGACAAACAGGCCCGACGGGGAAACACACUGGCCCAGGAGAAAGGACGGUUACAGCAGCUUUAUGACGCCAAGGAGAACGAGGUGGCAAGAUUGUGUCGUGAACUUGAGAAAGUGAAGGAAGAAAUCAACUCUCAUGUCAUUAAAGUAAAGUGGGCCCAGAACAAACUGAAGAGCGAAACAGAUGCUCAUAAGGAAACAAAAGACAAGCUGAGGGAAACAACCGCCAAGCUGACUCAAGCGAAGGAGGAGACUGAACAGAUUCGCAAAAACUGCCAGGACAUGAUCCGAACAUACCAGGAAUCCGAGGAGAUUAAAUCAAAUGAGUUGGACACAAAAUUGCGGGAGACCAAAGGAGAGCUGCAGAAGCAAAAACAGGAGCAGACUGACCAGCUAGAGAUGCACAAAGUGAAGAUUAAAGAGUUGGAGGAUCUGAAGAGGACUUUUAAAGAAGGCAUGGACGAACUCACCACGCUGCGAACCAAGGUUAAGUGUCUGGAGGAGGAAAGGCCUCGCUGGGAAGACGAACUUUGUAAAUACAGAGAGAUCAUUAACAGACAGAAGACUGAGAUUCAGAACCAAAGAGAAAAACUUGCCGCCAUCACUACACUAGAGGAGCAGCACCAGAGGGAUGAGGAGGAGAUCGCGUCCUUGCGGGAGGAGCUGGAGAACCUUAACUUUCAGAUCACUGACCUGCAGAGGGACAUCGAGGGCAGCAGAAUGAGAGAGGCAGAGCUUCUGGGCUUCACUGAAAAGCUGACCAGUAAAAAUGCUCAGCUGCAGUCAGAGAGCAACAGCUUACAGGCUCAGCUGGACAGACUAACCAACAGUUCCAGAGAACUGAAGGGCAAACUAGAGGACACGGAGAGAUCCCUCGCAGAGAUGACAGACAGACUGAAGAAGGAGGAGCAGCAGAGGCAGGAGGAGGUGCACGUGCUGCAGACAGAGAGAACAUCGCUGCAGGCCGAGAUGUCGCAACUGAAGACGCGUGUGGAGGAGCUGCGAGACGACCUAGUCACACAGAAGAGAAAACAGGCAGCCAACAUCAAAGACCUCACUAAGCAGCUGACGCAGGCUCGUAAGAAGCUGGAGCAGGUGGAGAAUGGAGGUUGUGAUCGAGAAGGCAGCAGUAUGGGCAGUCGCUCUAGUUCCUCAGGCUCUCUGAACGCACGCGGCAGCAGUAUGGAUGAUCGGUCUCCAGAGAAUCAGUCCGGUUCAUCUGUGGUGGUGGUGGACAGCUUCCCUGAGGUGGACAAAGCUGUGCUGGUGGAGCGCAUUGUGCGGCUGCAGAAAGCACACGCACGCAAGAACGAGAAGAUUGAAUUCAUGGAGGAUCACAUUAAACAGCUGGUGGAGGAGAUCAGGAAAAAGACAAAGAUUAUUCAAAGUUAUGUGCUGAGAGAAGAGUCUGGAGCCCUGUCUUCCGAAGCCUCGGACUUUAACAAAGCCAAUCUCAGCCGGAGAGGAGGCAUCAUGGCUUCGCUAUAUACCUCCCAUCCCGCUGACAGCGGCCUCACCUUCGACCUUUCGCUGGAAAUUAACCGCAAACUGCAGGCGGUGCUGGAGGACACGCUGCUCAAGAACAUCACACUGAAGGAGAAUCUCCAGACGCUGGGCUCAGAAAUCGAACGACUAAUUAAACAACAAAGGGUGCCAGGGGAAUCCGGGAGGAAGUGAUGUCACUGAUGGGAAGGUUAUUAACGUAAAUAAGACGUUCAGCGGGACGAGCCGGUUCUGAAUCAGAACUGAGUUCGGUCUGAACGAUACACUGGAGGCACGGUCCUUAGGACUCAACUGAGCCACACACCGAGAACUAUUACAGCAAACGAAUGGAAUCAGAAAAGAAAUUACGUCAUGUUUCUCAACGUGCCCAACGUCCAGCCUUCCUUUAUUUUUCUUAACCUGACUGAUGUUUGAUUCUCUCUUAGCAUCUCUUUUGGAGCUCUGUGCAAUGUAGCCACCUCAUUUGUGCACACCAAGCUCUAUCCAAAACAGAGCACAAUCCUAAAUCCAAGACCGAAGUGUAUAAAGUUGGGUUGGUGAAUGAAUAUUAUUAUAAAUGUGGCUCCUUUUGAUUAACAAAAUGUGCUGGACUAAUGGAGAUCUGCUAAACUCAUUGAAUUCUGCAUCUCUUUCAAAGGACAAAAUGCAUCUUUGUUUCUAUUCACCGCACCGCAGGUUAAUGGCCAUUGCUCGCCGCUCUCUCUUAUCCAUCGUAAGAACGUGCCAAUUAAUGAAUGUAUUAUGUAACGAGAAGGAUCUGAGCGUGUAGUGCCACAGGUUCUGACCCAGGAGUGUGGGCACCAUUUCCCAUUCGCACCGCUGCUAGGUUACGGCUGUACCCAGAUAACAUUAUCUCUGCACCGGCCUUGCAAAGCACUUAAGCAAGAAGAGCCGUGCCAAGAAAUACAACUUUCCCUCUGUCCCAUAUUAAACAUGUCAUGAAGCUGAACACGUUCUAUAGAAUGCAUAACCACAUCUUAGAAAUGUCAAGACGUCUAGGGCUGGACUUAAGUAAGCUUUGCUGUUUUAUUUUUUUCCUAUCUGGAUUAAGUUGCAGUUAAAUAUUUUAUUUUGUUCAUUUCUCCUCUGCUUAUCCACUUCUACCUCUGCUUAUUUGCUUUUUGCAGGAACAAGCUUGUGAUUAUUUUUAGCGUUCCUUUUUUAUUAAUGUGUAUGAAGUUUUGAUGCCGCUUUCAAAGAGGCUGUUGCUUGUUUUGUCGCUCCCCACAGAGAUGAGUGUAAGAACCCGGGGAAAUGAAGAAGACAUUGUAAAUACUAAAGGGCAAAAGUGCAAUUUUACCGCCCUCUUUUUUUUAUUUGAAAAUUACAAAGCUGCAGCUCUCCCCGUCGAACUCCCACCCAAAUGUUCCCAGUUAACAUUCAGUCCCUCUGUGAUGUAACCACACGGUACGCUGAAUCCUUUGAAUUGUGCCCGAGCCAUCAGCGCUCUCCUUCCAUUCCGCCUUGUGAGGGUUCAAGAUGAAGAAUCGUCUCAUUGGAUGCCUCUGGUGGAUUUUCCUUGCUCACCUUAAAUUUGUAACAAGCUUGUUGAAGGCAGCAGUGCAAAUGAUUGGCAGAUUUCACUCGGCUUGCAAACAUUGCAGUGCUGUUCUCUGGUCUUCUGGGCUUUCUCCUUUCCCUGUUGAAAGUGAAGUCAUAGCCAUUCACUGUGAUAAAGAGUUAUUAACUUGGCAUACUAAAGUCAGCAAAAUAGCUUGUCAAGGUCAUAUCAGCUGUUUCGACGUUCAGAGACUCCCAGUUCCCAAACACGCUGCAGACAUUCCGUCAUGAAGUAUGAAAGAAAUUAUGGAAUGCUUAGAGAAAAAAACAAGCAUUUACCUUAAUAUCAAAAUGAAGACUCUAAUCUGUUGAUAAUUUAUCAAUGUUCUAUACAUAAUUUAUUUAAUGUCAUGAUUUAUGAUAAGAUCUCUUGUAUGUAUGUCUGUAUGUAUGUGUACGGUGAAUUGAAACUGGUGAGAAAAAAUGAUACUGUUUCUGUUUUCUUAUCCGUGCUCUGCUUGACUGUAUAGUGAGUGAAACUGUGAUUAUGAAAUUGUAGAUAUAUUGUAAAAUGGUCCAAUGUUUUUAAAACUAUGAAUCUUGAUUCUUCUGUAUAUACUGUAUGGCAUUUCAGGGGGAUUAAAAUGGAAAUACUACAAUCACUGA